UUUAGAUAAUCACAUAAUAAAACGUAUGAACCAAGUGUAUAUCGUUUACCCAUUAGAUAGAGGAUGCCUAAUCGAACAAAGCAAAAUACUGCAUCGCUGUGAUUCAUAUAACGCUACCAAGUGCAUUUAAUUAUGAACGAUUAUCAUAAUAUGGCAAUCGCUAUUAUAGCAAUUCAGAAAAGGUUUUGUGGAGCAUUUGAGUUAGCCUUAAGGGGUCACGAUGAAAAGGAAAAUUCGGAAAACAGAGGCAUAUUUAAGGAGCUGGUGAAUUUUAGCGCCGAAUUAGACAACGAAUUGAAAGUCCAUAUUCAAAGUGCCAAACUUUUCAAGGGUACCUCAAAAACAACUCAAAACGAGCUUCUUGAGUGCAUGCUAGAUGUUUAUCAUGAAGAAGUUAAGAAAUUCUCCUUUUGUUGCAGUAAUUGCCGAUGA